AUGGGUUCCUCCCCCUCUAUGCCAGCAGGCCGUGACCUGAGAAUUGUGCUGAUUGGAAAAUCUGGAGAGGGUAAAAGUGCUGCUGGAAACACCAUUCUGGGUCAAAACAUAUUUACAUCUUUUAGUUUGCCUUCUUCGGUGACUGAGUGUUGUUCUAAAGAAAGAUUUCAUGAUACUUCAAAAAGGUGGAUACAUGUGGUGGACACACCAGGAGUAUUAGAGACCACAAAAAGCACACCAAAGUAUAUCCAUGAAGAGAUACUGAAGUGUCUUGAACUCUCAUCCCCUGGUCCUCAUGUCUUCCUGCUGGUGGUGAAGUUGGGGCCAUGGCAUCCAGAGGAUCAGACAUCUGUGGAGACUGUGGAGAGGCUGUUUGGACCACAGGUCUUCAAGCACAUGAUUGUACUCUUUACUCAUGGUGAUAAACUUCAGGGUCAAACAAUACAAGACUUUGUUGAUGCUGGUGAUGAAGAGCUUAAAAAAAUGAUUUGUCGUUGUUCUGGCAGAUACCAUGUUUUUGACAAUACGAGAAAGAAUAGAAGUCAAGUUGUUGAGCUGGUCAACAUGAUUGAUAAAUUGCUGUCAGCACAAAAGUACUAUGACUAUCACCAUGAAGAGUAA